GAAGCUGCCUGCAGCUGAGGGCUGUCUGGGCAGAGCUGGGACCGGGGCCGGGUCGGCAGCCGCUGCCUUUUCUUCCAGCCCAUCUAUUUUUAAUGAGCUCCCCAGCCUUCUGCAGCGGGCUGGACUCAGAAAGGCAGGCCCAGGCGGUGGAGGCCCGAGGCCCCAGCCCUGCCCCGAGCCCUGGCACCUCCACCCUUCUGGGCAUGAGAGGGCGACCCUGGGGCCCCGCAGCCCCCCAGCCGGGCUGGGCUCUCCAUGCAGCUGGUGCUGAAGAUGGAUUCCAGCCCAGACAAUGACAGCUGGUUGGAGGAUCAAUGGGAGCGCUGGCUCACCCAUGACAUCAGCCUAGAGGAGUUUGAGGAUGAAGACCUCUCCGAGAUCACCGAUGAGUGUGGCAUCAGUCUGCAGUGCAAAGACACCCUGUCCUUACGGCCCCCACGCGCCGGGCUGCUGUCUGGGGGCAGCGGCGGCGGCGGCGGCGGCGGUGGCGGGGGGAGCCGGCUGCAGGCCGAGAUGCUGCAGAUGGACUUGAUCGACGCGGCGGGGGACACUCCCGGCGCUGAGGACGACGAAGAGGAGGACGAGGAGGAGCGUGCGGCGCGGCGGCCGGGAGCGGACCCGCCUGAGGCGGAGCCCCGCCAGGAGACGGCGCCCCGCGGCCAGGGUCAGGGCCAGGGCCCGGGCGGCGGGGACACGUACCGGCCCAAGCGGCCCACCACGCUCAACCUCUUCCCGCAGGUGCCGCGGUCUCAGGACACACUGAAUAAUAAUUCCCUGGGCAAGAAGCACAGUUGGCAGGAUCGGGUGUCGAGAUCAUCCUCACCACUGAAGACAGGGGAGCAGACACCUCCACAUGAGCACAUCUGCCUGAGCGAUGAGCUGCCGCCCCCAGGCAGCCCCGCCCCCACCAAGGAUCGAGGCACCUCCACCGACAGCCCUUGCCGCCGAAGCGCUGCCACCCAGAUGGCACCUCCCGGUGGCCCCCCUGCUGCCCCACCGGCUGGCCGGGGCCAUUCGCAUCGAGACCGCAUCCACUACCAGGCGGACGUGCGGCUGGAGGCCACCGAGGAGAUCUACCUGACACCAGUGCAGAGGCCCCCAGACCCUGCAGAGCCCAACUCCGCCUUCCUGCCGCCAGCUGAGAGCCGGAUGUCGGUCAGCUCCGACCCAGACCCUGCCACUUACCCGGCAACUGCAGGGCGGCCACACCCCUCCAUCAGCGAGGAGGACGAGGGCUUCGACUGCUUGUCGUCCCCGGAGCGGGCCGAGCCGCCAGGUGGAGGAUGGCGGGGGAGCCUGGGCGAGCCGCCGCCGCCUCCACGGGCCUCGCUGAGCUCGGACACCAGCGCCCUGUCCUACGACUCGGUCAAGUAUACGCUGGUGGUGGAUGAGCACGCACAGCUGGAGCUGGUGAGCCUGCGGCCAUGCUUCGGCGACUACAGCGAUGAGAGCGACUCGGCCACCGUCUACGACAACUGCGCCUCUGCCUCCUCCCCCUACGAGUCGGCCAUUGGGGAGGAGUACGAGGAGGCCCCCCGGCCUCGGCCCCCUGCCUGCCUCUCUGAGGACUCCACGCCUGAUGAACCCGAUGUCCACUUCUCCAAGAAGUUCCUGAACGUCUUCAUGAGUGGCCGCUCUCGCUCCUCCAGUGCAGAGUCCUUCGGGCUCUUCUCCUGCGUCAUCAAUGGGGAGGAGCAGGAGCAGACCCACCGGGCCAUAUUCAGGUUUGUGCCUCGACAUGAAGACGAACUUGAGCUGGAAGUGGAUGACCCUCUGCUGGUGGAGUUGCAGGCUGAGGACUACUGGUAUGAGGCCUACAACAUGCGCACGGGUGCCCGGGGCAUCUUUCCUGCCUACUACGCCAUCGAGGUCACCAAGGAGCCUGAACAUAUGGCAGCCCUGACCAAAAACAGCGACUGGGUGGACCAGUUCCGGGUGAAGUUCCUGGGCUCAGUCCAGGUUCCCUAUCACAAGGGCAAUGACGUCCUUUGUGCCGCUAUGCAAAAGAUUGCCACCACCCGCCGGCUCACCGUGCACUUUAACCCGCCCUCCAGCUGCGUCCUAGAGAUCAGCAUGCGGGGCGUGAAGAUAGGCGUCAAGGCUGACGACUCCCAGGAGGCCAAGGGGAAUAAAUGUAGCCACUUCUUCCAGUUAAAAAACAUCUCUUUCUGCGGAUACCAUCCAAAGAACAACAAGUAUUUUGGGUUCAUCACCAAGCACCCUGCCGACCACCGGUUUGCCUGCCAUGUCUUUGUGUCUGAAGAAUCCACCAAAGCCCUGGCAGAAUCCGUGGGGAGAGCGUUCCAGCAGUUCUACAAGCAGUUCGUGGAGUACACCUGCCCCACAGAAGAUAUCUACCUGGAGUAGCAGCUCUGCCUCGCCCUCUGCAUCCCCUGGGCCCUGGGGCCGGCGCCAGGAUGGCUGGCUGCUGACAGGACAUGGCACUGCUUGAGGAGGGGCACCUGCCACUACCAGAGGAUGGGGAAGUGGGGGGCUGUUGGCCGAGG